AUGCGCAGAGCUACCUGGCCGGCCCUCGGCCUAGGUGACGUCGCGCUCCCGGUUGCCGUCGCUUUCCAGCUGGUGCCGCCCGGUCCCGCAGGAAAUGUCUGUUUGAAGCCGCGUCGUCGCUGCACGAUCGAGUCUGAGGCGGAGAGAUUUGAGGUUCCCAGCGGGAGCAGCAGAAAGCCGCCAUGUCGAGCGGGACGGACGCGGAGAAGGCGAAGCCGUUCAAGCUUCUGGGAAUCUUGGAUGUGCAGAACACUCCAUGUGCUCGAGAAUCUGUUCUGUAUGGAUCAGCUGGCGCUGUUGUAGCUGGACUUGGCCACUUCCUAGCAACAAGCAGAGUAAAGCGGUCUUUUGACUUUGGUGUGGGGGGCUUUCUGCUUACAACUUUGGGAACUUGGAUGCUCUGCAGGUAUCAGAAUGCAAAAAUACGAAUCCAGCAGCGAAUGGUGCAAGAAGGUAUGAAAAACAAGGUGACAUUCGAAGGAACUGAAAUGGAUCCUACCAGAAAAUCAGAUCGAAGCAACAAAAGCAGCCAUGGAAGUACUUCAUAAACCAUUGGUCCUUACAGCAGUAUGGUUUGGAGCCAGAAAGAUUCAAUUAUUAUGAAGUUCAACGAUUCUACUUUCCUACCUUGUGUAUAGUUCCAAUCCAGUUUGUUUAAGGAAACUUGAGUAUUUUUUCAGAAUUGGGAUAUCUAAUGUAUAAAUAAUAUGUCCCAACAUAAAGGGAACCACCAAGAUAACAUUCAUUUCUAAACUUUAAUAAUGAGAAGUAUUUAUUAGUACCUUGAUCAGGUAAAGAACAACCUGUAGAUGUCAUAGUCUGAUUUUGAGUGUUUUAUGUAUGCUGACAAUUUGGGUGUGCAAUCUUUUUGGAAAUUUGUUGAAAGCUUAAACAGGUUGAGAUGUUUAAAACUGUCUUCGAGGCUUGCACAGAUUUGGGAUCUUUUCAUUUUGAUUUCUUGGUAGGAAUUAUGGCACUGAAUGUUAGCUGGUGAAUCUGUUUAGAAAAACCAGAGGAGGCAUUUCAGCUCCUUAAGCCUGUUUCACCAUUCAUUGAGAUCAUGGCUGAUCUGCGUCUUAAUUCUAUCUGUAUGCUUGAACUCUUUUUUUUAAAUACCUUUGUCUAGUAAAUAGCUGUUGAUCUCACAUUUUAAAAUAAUUAAUUGAAGAAGCAUCUACUGCUUUUGUAGUGGGGCAUUCCACACUUC